AUGAGCAACACUCCACCAAAGAAGGAGUCCGUUAUGGGCGUUCCUCCUUUCGUUAUUGAUUUCUUGAGUACGUUUACCACUGCCGCUGCCACUGAGAGGGUCAUCACGGUCGACUGGGCUCUGGGUGGUGUCUCUGCCGCAGUCUCGAAGACCGCAGCUGCUCCUAUCGAGCGUGUCAAGCUUUUGAUCCAGAAUCAGGAUGAGAUGUUGAAGUCUGGUCGUCUCGACCGUAAAUUCAACGGUAUCGGCGAUUGUUUCUCAAGAACCAUCAAGAACGAGGGUUUCGCCUCCUUAUGGAGAGGAAACACUGCCAACGUUAUCCGUUAUUUCCCAACACAAGCGUUGAACUUUGCUUUCCGUGAUACCUACAAGUCCAUGUUCGCUUUCAAAAAGGAGCGUGAUGGAUACGCCAAGUGGAUGGCUGGUAACUUGGCCUCCGGUGGUGCUGCUGGUGCCACUUCCCUCCUCUUCGUCUACUCCCUCGAUUACGCCCGUACCCGUCUUGCCAACGACGCAAAGGGAGCCAAGACUGGUGGUGACCGUCAAUUCAACGGUUUGGUAGAUGUCUACAAGAAGACCCUCGCUUCUGAUGGUAUCGCCGGUCUCUACCGUGGUUUCGGUCCUUCCGUUCUCGGUAUCGUCGUUUACCGUGGUCUUUACUUCGGAAUGUACGAUUCCAUCAAGCCAGUUCUCCUCACCGGUUCCCUCGAGGGUAACUUCCUUGCUUCUUUCGCUCUCGGAUGGACUGUCACUACUGGUGCUGGUAUCGCUUCUUACCCAUUGGACACUGUCCGUCGUCGUAUGAUGAUGACAUCUGGUGAGGCCGUCAAGUACAAGUCUUCCAUGGAUGCUGCCCGUCAAAUCGUUGCCAAGGAGGGUGUUAAGUCUCUCUUCAAGGGUGCUGGUGCCAACAUUCUCCGUGGUGUCGCCGGUGCUGGUGUGUUGUCCAUCUACGAUCAACUCCAGGUCUUGAUGUUCGGAAAGGCCUUCAAGUAA